AUGUCCGUCUCCGUGCUUCGGUCCAGAUAUGCGACGCCGGUAAUGAACUCCACGAUCAAACGGGUGGUGUGCCUCGCCGCACCGAGCUCCCGGGUCUUCGGCGGACCCUCUUCCACCACCACACGCCGGUCUUAUGCCGUGACCUCCGGCGGCGGCUCCGCUGCCUUCCAGGUUUUCAACCGCCGCACGAAAUGGCUGCAAAAGGAGCGUGCAGCCUCGAACCCCGAGGCCGGCAGGCAAGCCGAUUACCUCAAGGACGAGGUCGCAAAUCGGCUUUGUGAGAGAUUACUUGACCUCAAACGAAACUUCCCCCGCGCCCUCGACCUGGGCGCAAACUCCUGCAACGUAGCCCGCGCCCUCACCCGCGAGAACCCGGACCCGGACCCCUCAAAACCAAUAACCCCGCCCCUCGCCUCCCGCAUAGGUGAACUCGUCGCAGCCGAGUCCUCCCACGCCCUCCUCCACCGCGACGCCGACCUCCCCUUCAACGCCGACAUCAACAUCACCCGCACCGUCCUCGUCGACGAGGAACACGUUCCCUUCGAGCCCUCCUCCUUCGACCUCGUCCUCUCCUCCCUGUCCCUCCACUGGAUCAACGACCUGCCCGGCGUCCUCACCCAGAUCAACAACGUCCUCAAGCCCGAUGCCCCCUUCAUCGGCGCCAUGCUCGGCGGCGACAGCCUGUUCGAGCUGCGGACCUCGCUGCAGCUCGCAGAGCAGGAGAGGCGCGGCGGCAUUUCCCCCCACGUCUCGCCGCUCGCUGACGUCCGCGACGUCGGCGGCCUGAUGCAGCGCGCAGGCUUCAAGAUGCUCACCGUCGACAUCGACGACAUUGUCGUCGAUUACCCGGACACAUUUGCGCUGAUGCAGGACCUGCAGGCCAUGGGCGAGGGCAACGCCAUCCUCGGAAGGGAGAUGGGCGCCAUUAGGAGAGAGGUGCUGCUAGCGAACGAGGGGAUCUACAGGGAGCUCCACGGCAACGAGGACGGGAGCAUACCCGCUACAUUUAGAAUCAUUUACAUGAUCGGGUGGCGCGAGGGUGGCGACCAGCCCAAGGCGCUGCCGAGAGGGAGCGGAGACGUGAACCUAAAGGACAUCUUAGAGUCCAACUAG